AUGAGGCCAAAUACCUUUCUCGUCGCUACUGUUGCCGUCGCUAUAGCUCUACUGGCCGCCGAGGCUCUCCCUAUCCCGCCGUUUCCCUGGUCGCCGAUACGUAAUUUGAGGGACAAGCACGUUAAGGAGAUUGCUGAGUUCGCCGUCGAGAGUUAUAAUUCGAGGGCCAAAACGGCGCCGUUGAAACUUGUAAGCCUGGAUGGAGCCGAUACGCAAGUGGAGCAGGGGCAAGGCACAAAGUACCUGCUUUACUUGACGGCGGAGGCCGCCGGCCGGGAAGGUCGAUACAGCGCAUUGGUUCUCGAGGACUAUUUUGGUGUAAAGCACUUUGUAGGGUUGUCGCCGGAGGAUUAA